AUGAGUAUAACUCAUCCGACUACUAAAGGAAGAGUAACAGCCAAACCCACAACUACAACUACAACUACGAGUACAACUACGAGUACGAAACCAGCACCAACAACAGCCACAUCCUCCAGCAGCAGCAGCACUGAACCCACUGAGUCAGAAUCACCCAUGAUGCUGGAAACCGUCGCUAUGACGACCGCACCCGCUACCACGGCAACCAGCACCACACAGCCCACCAGCACCAGCACCACUAAAAGCACCAGCACUAAAGCGCCGCAUCCUCCUCCACGGACGCCCGUCAAACCCAACCGACCCAAGAGACCCAGCAAACCCUCGAGACCCGAGACGCACUCCGUGAAGCCCACCAGAGUCCCUACAGCCCCCCCGACCAGCAGCGCACCAUCCACCACAACAACCACGACCACAGCAGCGCUGCUUGAGCUGGAGAGCGGCCCCAAGCCCAAGGUGUCUCGGGUGAUGUGGAAGAACAGCCUGCUGGCCAUCGUGGUGAUCACACUCGUCUUCCUCGCUCUCAUCCUCUCUCUGGCGGCCCGUAAAGCCAUGGAGUCGUUCGACAGACGCCACUACACCAGACUGGAGCUCAGCGAGCUGCACUACGAGCUUUAAACACCAGCGCAGAAGUGUGUUUCCCGCUCGCUCUCUGGGAGAAAAGCUGUGUGUUU